AGUCAGAUAACAUGUUUGAAGAAGUUGGUAGUAGUUCUUCAGUAGCGGAACUGAAAAGUGAACUAGAGCAUGAACUUCAGAACUUGUUAGACCCUCCCAAUUCAAUGGAUUGUAACUUUGAGGGAAGAUCAGCAACAGAUCAACCAUCGCCAGAGAGUUGUGGUCUUUGCAACUUUUCGUCAUUUCUCAUUGUUAAUCUAACAGAACACUACAAAGAUAUCCACAAUCUUCAGUUUUGUGUUAUCUGCAACAUGGAUUGUAUCAGCAAGUCUCACCUUUAUACACACAUGAAAGCUUCUCACAAAGAUCUGUUUGCAGGCAGAACAGAGCCGCUUUCAAAUUCAAUUUCAAAACAUAGAGAAAAAAUGGGAUAUACUUUUUUACGUGACCCCAAGCCCUGCUACAUUUGUAACUAUUGUGACAAGAAGGUUACAAAAAGAACACACAUGGUUACUCAUGUGCGUGUUCAUACCGGUGAACAGCCUUAUGAAUGCACUGAAUGUGAUUUCAAAACUGCAUACAAGCAGUCAAUUCAGAGACAUAGAGAUGAAUAUCAUUUGAACUUGCCAAUCCCUCGACCAUUUUCUUGCAGUAAAUGCGAAAAAUCAUUCCAAAAAAAGUCUCGUCUUCUGCAGCAUGAGCUUGUCCACGAUAAUUCAAAACUGUUCACAUGUGACCAAUGUAGCUACUCAUCUAACAGAAAACAAAAUCUCCAAGGACAUAUGCUGGACAAACACAGUAAUUUUUCUGAAGAACUUCUGAAGCCUCAUGCAUGUGAAGUAUGUGGGUUUCGGUUUAAAACUAGCUCCCAUCUCCUCAGACACAUGAAAGUUCACAAAAAGGAUGUUAUCAAGCCAUAUAAUUACAAGUGUGAAUUUUGUGGUACAAAUUUUACUGAGAGGUACAAUCUAAAGGUCCACAUCGAUAACAAACACGAAAAUACACCCCCUAAGCAUAUAUGCAGUGUUUGCAAUAAAGGUUUCCGUAGUAAAAGUGACUUAAAUGCUCAUUCGUUGACACACCAAUCAAAUCCAGUUCUACAUCAAUGUCCAGAGUGUGAUUUUGAGUCAAAACAUGUCAGGUCAGUUGAAAGACAUUAUAAGUUGAAGCAUUCUACUUACAUCACUGAUACUAGGUUUGUGUGUGAGGUUUGUGGUAAAGAUUUUCAAGCCAAAAAGAAGUUGGAAAGACACAGUUAUGUUCACAUGGACUACUCUUGUAGACCAAAUGCAUGUUCAAAGUGCACUUAUAGAUGCAUUUGCAAAGGUGACAUGGAGCGGCACAUUAAGAAAGUGCAUGGCUCCCCAACGACAGAAUCAAAACAGAUAACAAGAAGUAACUGCAGGAAAACAUCAUGAUAUUGUUGUGUUUAGCAUUUGAUUCACAGGCAUGAAUUUUAUAAUAUUUAAACUUACUUAACUUUCAUUUGGUUAUGUUUGACAUCUUCAGAAUUUUUGUCAGUUAGCUUGCAUCACAAGUUAACUGAUAUUAUCUAUGUUUUUUAUAUUUUUGGAAAUAUUUACUUUUUUCACGUUUUACGGUACCGUUUAAUCGAUUUAUCAGAUAAUUUAUGAAUCUAUCAUAAAUAUUUUGAUGUGACUUAAUGAUUAAAUUUUAAGUCUAUGUUUGAAAGUGUCUCAUAAUCAGACAUCAUAUAUUAUCAUGUUUACAAGAUGAAGAAUAAUCAGUUAAAGAUAAAUAUUUUCAAAAACUUCAAGAACAAGAGCAUAUUAUGAUCUUGCUUUCUACUGCUUUUGUACUUCUAAACGUAGAAUUUUGUAGCAGUCAUGGCAGAGAGUAGCCAUGUCAAUGGUAACGGGGCUGCAGCUGUGGACCCAGCAGUCGAGGACACCUCAACUGACUGUGCUGAUAUUGACAGUGUUUGUGCUACUAUUGGAAGUGUUGAAUCCAGCAGUUGUUCCUCCAACGGGUCCGACAGUGGAGUAACAGAGCACAGUGACGCGGGCACUGAGAACGGGGACACUCGAGACACUGAAGAAGAGCAGCCCACACAGAGUAGUCCUGUUAAUGAGUCAACUCCUUCAUCAACCACUUCGUCUUCUAGUACUCCUAAAGCGGGAGAAAAGAGGAAACGUGAAGCUAAGGACAAACCUUGGACCUCACUCAGAGAACUUAGUCCCUCCGCUCGCAGAAUUCAGAAGGAAUUAGCUGACAUAAUGAUGGAUCCACCUCCCAACUGCAGCGCUGGACCCAAGGGAGACAACUUGUUUGAAUGGAACAGCACGAUCCUAGGACCACCUGGUUCAGUGUACGAAGGUGGGGUGUUUAUCUUAGACAUACACUUCAGUCCUGAAUACCCCUUCAAGCCACCCCGUGUAACCUUCAAAACUAGGAUAUACCACUGCAACAUCAACAGUCAAGGACACAUCUGUCUGGACAUUCUCAAAGAUAACUGGUCUCCUGCACUGACCAUCAGCAAGGUUUUACUGUCGAUAUGCUCGCUGCUGACUGACUGUAAUCCCGCUGACCCUCUAGUUGGCAACAUUGCUCAACAGUUUCUCACACACAAGUCCGAACAUGACCGGCUGGCUCGGUUGUGGACGAAGAAGUUUGCAAAAUGAGAGAGAUAAUAUUGUACACCUUACACACGCGUGUACACAACACAUCACAAUUACAGACAUCACCACCCUCAAGAGGUUAUAAGAUCAACCGAAAGACUAAACCGCACGUGCAAAUGCACAUAAGAUCGUGCACGUGCAAAUGCGCAUAAAAUCGUGCACGUGAAAAUGCACGUAAAAUCGUCCAUGUCCACAGGAGAGAUAAGACUUGAAUGGAGAUAACAUGAGGCGUCAGGAUCAUGACGUGUUUUAACCUGAAAUUGUUGAGCAAGGAAUUUUUGUGGGCUUUUUGUAGUGAUUUGACAGAAUUAAAUAGCGCCAAAACAUACUCCCCACCCCGGCCCUCCUGGCCCCCUGUGUAUACAUGAUUACAAUGCAAAGGCGUGUAUAAACUUAUAAAGUUAUAACAAUACGCGUCCUCUUAUUUGCUAAAUUGUGGUAAUGUUAAAACAUAAUGGCUUCAUUGUUGCACUUGUCGUUACACUUACUGCCUUAUCCAGUAUUUAUUGAUUUGGAAUGACUGUUGUCCAGGAAUCGCUCUAAAGUGUAACACAUCUCCGGACAGAAAGCGCCUCAGAAUAUUAUGAUGGUAUUAUUAUGCGUUGGUAAUUGAUUUAAAUUAUUUGGCAAUCUUCCAAGAUGGGGUGUGUGUGUUUUGGUGUGAGAACUGAGUCUGUCCGUAUUAUGUAACUGUGAAACUAUCUGGGAGAUGAUGACUCAAUGAUUCUUGUUACUGUUUUAGAAUUUCGUUAAAUUGUUUUAAAUGGUGACCGUAAUAACCGGUAUGAGGUGAUGUAUUUAACUGAUCUGCUGAAUGAUUGUGUAUAAAUAGGAUAAACCUCACUCAAAAUCAUUUCUUUCGCAUAUUUGAUAAACAUUUUAUUACUACGAGAAGAGAGAGACAGAGAGAAAGAGAGAGAAGAGAUGAGAUUCUGACAUAUUCUUGAUGCUAACUUUAUUGGGACUAAAAGAGAGAGGGUCAUUAGACUACAUUAGAGAUUCAUAGAAUAUACAAUGUAUAACGUAUAUUAUACAAUGUAUAUUGUACAAUAUAUAUUGUACAAUGUAUAUUAUACAUGUCAGCACUGAGGGACCACUGUCACACCGUUUGUCACAUCUGUUUUACAUGCAGUUACCUCACCUGACUUUUAAGGUUGGCGGACAUUUCUUAGUUCCUUGAUCGAGUGGCCGCUCUUACUACACAAACAAAUGUUCUGCUUUAUAAAUACCUCUAAAAUACCAAUCCCACCACUUCAUGUUUAUUGGACGUUUUCCAAGAAAUCAUAUUGCUGCCCACAUAAAGCUUAGUCGCAUAUUAUCACAGUGUCAUCCAAUACUAUAACACUUCUUAAAUAACGACAGUGAAGACCAAUCAUUUGCUCACCAUUACACAUGUGUUCAGUCUGAAGAUAAUACUUACAAUUCGCCUUGUUUUGCGUAACAUCAUUGUUGUUAUUCUAUGGAAUUAUAGGCGCUGUUAUAUUUGAUCAUGAUGAAAUGUUCAGAGUUUCACUUUACAAUACUAGUAUCCGCCCGGUAUCUUCUAAUAUUUGGUUACAAUUUUCUGGAAAAGGUAAACUAUUUUUCUGUCAUUAAGUAAGAAAAUGUUUAAUGACAUCAUCCUACAUUUUUCAAUUACAAAAGUAAAAUUUCCCAACAUAACGGCUGUAAACUGAUACAAGAAAUAUAAUUUUGUUAUUUUUGCCCCGAAUUAGUCUCUGUUACAGCGUGGAGAUCAUGUACCGUUAAUGACGAAAUAAUUCACUACAGAUAAUAAUAUUCAAAUCUGUUAAUUGUUAUUCAACGUGCUUUUCCAUCCUAUAAACAGAGAACACAUGUUCGUUAAACAUCACGCCAACAAACAUAAUGUAAGUUUUACAUUAUUUGCAUAUUGACAACUCCGACGGUAUUUAUUUAAAUAAACUGAGAGACAUUUGGUCUCGUUACCUUGUAAAUUUCAUCGAAAUCGAACAAUGCAGUAC